UGGUGGUGGGGUUUACUUGUAUUGAACCAAUCUUGCUGGUGAAAUCAUUGUGUUUGGAAUAGUGGUGUAUAUUGUGUUGUGUAUAAAUCAAUUGGGUUUAUUUUGUGUUGCGUUAUUGGGAGAACUGUGAAGAUAACCCACAGAGCUGCACUUACUCAAAUAAUAGAAAAAGCUGAUAACAUGGGAAUCGCUGUAAAGUAUAAACCAAGAACAGUUUUGGAUCGAAUAAGCAGAAAUAAACCACAUCAGAAUGUUGUCAUGGAAACAGGAAGGUUAAACUUUAAGCCAUUUGAUAAAGAUCAGUUGUUGGUAUCGUCUAGAUUGGAUAAAAAAGACUUUUUAUUUGCAUUAGAUCAAAUUCAUGAUCCGAUGAACUUUGGGGCGAUAAUACGUUCAGCGUAUUAUUUUGGAGUUGAUAAGAUCAUCGUCGGUAACAGAAAUUCUUGUGGCUUGACACCUACUGUCAGUAAAGCUAGUGCUGGUGCUAUGGAAUGGGCUCAAGUGUAUGGCGUCGAUUCUAUGGAGAAGUUUCUUAAGCGUAAACUUGAUAACAGAUACAGCGAAAUGCUGAACAAUGUUGCCGCAUGUUGCUCUUUCCACUUUCAGCAGUCGGUCAAACUUAACUGGGAUGUAAUAGGGACAUCGAAACCAAGUGGAAGCCACCGCGACGUAGUUUAUACAUGCGAUAGUUUGAAAAUUAAUAAACCCUGCAUAUUGGUAUUAGGUAACGAAGGAUUCGGAUUAAGUUCAAGCAUAGCUGAUAUAUGUACCAAAAUGGUUACCAUACCUCCUGGUAAUGACACGUUACCUCAUGACGUCGAUUCAUUAAAUGUAUCUGUGGCAGCAGGGAUUUUGUUGCAUUCGUUGUUGAAGUGUUGGCGAUAGUGAUGGGCGAAGAAAACGUAGCAACAAUACGACGACGUGUCAGGAAAAAGCAUGGUACUGUAUUGUUCAAGUAAAGUAACAUACAACAUGGAAACGUGAUGACUGAAGAAAGAAUACACGUAAAAUCAUAAACAACGCAGUAUUGAGAAAAUGUAUUUGUUAAGAAAAGCCUUAUAGAAUUUUAUAUUUAUACAGAUGCAGGAUGCAGAAGAAAACAAAAUUUGCUUUUUAAUUAA